CAGUGCAUUGUGGUUUGUGUGUUCCGCAGGAAGCUGCUACGGCGGAAUCUCAGGAAUUUGAAGUCUUCUGGUCCUCGUUGUCCAUCUGUCUGCACCUCUUUACACUUCCUUCUCAUUGUGUGAAAAGCAGCAGAAAUGUCGCAGCCAGACAAAAUGAAGCAGGGUCAGUUCACCAAUCCCGAGACUCCAGGAUAUGUUGGAUUUGCCAACUUGCCUAAUCAGGUUCAUCGCAAGUCGGUUAAGAAGGGAUUUGAAUUCACUCUAAUGGUUGUUGGUGAGUCUGGUCUGGGAAAAUCCACUUUGAUCAACAGCCUCUUCCUCACUGACCUUUACCCUGAGCGGGUCAUCCCUGGAGCAGCAGAAAAGAUAGAGCGGACUGUUCAGAUUGAGGCAUCAACAGUGGAAAUUGAAGAACGAGGAGUUAAGCUCCGUCUCACUGUGGUGGACACACCAGGAUAUGGGGACGCCAUCAACAGCCAGGACUGUUUCAGCACCAUAAUCAGCUACAUUGAUGACCAGUUUGAGCGUUACCUCCAUGAUGAGAGUGGCCUAAAUCGCAGACACAUUGUCGACAAUAGAGUUCACUGUUGCUUCUAUUUUAUCUCCCCGCUGGGUCAUGGCCUGAAGCCUUUGGAUGUCCAGUUCAUGAAGGCCAUACACAAUAAAGUGAACGUGGUUCCUGUCAUUGCUAAAGCAGACACACUCACCCUCAGAGAGAGGGAGAGGCUCAAGCGCCGGAUCCUGGAUGAGAUUGAUGAACAUGGGAUUAAGAUCUAUCACCUUCCUGAUGCUGAGUCAGAUGAGGAUGAGGACUUUAAAGAGCAGACCAGGAUCCUCAAGGCCAGCAUCCCAUUUGCAGUGGUAGGAUCCAACCAGCAGAUCGAGGCGAAGGGGAAGAAGGUGAGGGGCCGCCUGUACCCCUGGGGAGUGGUGGAGGUGGAGAACCCAGAACACAAUGACUUCCUCAAGUUGCGAACUAUGCUGAUAACGCACAUGCAGGAUCUGCAGGAGGUGACCCAGGACCUGCACUAUGAGAACUUCCGCUCGGACCGUCUCAAACGGGGUGGCAGGUUGUCCUCCCAUGGUUACAUUCUGCCUCUGUCCCCUGCAAAGGGGCCAGAGCCAGAGGAAAUGGACAAGGACAUGAUCCUGCAGGAGAAAGAGGCAGAGUUGAGACGAAUGCAGGAGAUGAUUGCUAAGAUGCAGGCCCAGAUGCAGAAGCAGGGAGAAGAUGGGGAUGCCCCUCAUGUGUAAAGAGUCUGAGGUAUUUGAACCGCUGCUCGAGUGUAAUCAGAUGUGACAGGACUGAAGAAUGGAAGUAUAAUCUUGGCCACUUGUAUUGCUUUUCACUAUAUUCCAGUUUUGAGUGAUCUGAAGUCACUUUUUAUAUAUUCAAACAGUAUUAUGUUUAUUUACACAGUUCUAUUUCUAUACA